AUGGCGAUGUCAACAGAUCUGAAUAUAGCCAGAAAAAAUUUGGCCGACGUUCUUGGCGAUUCCAUGAAAUUAUACUUGCAGAAUCUCAAUUCCUGGUUUAAAAGAAAGAUCAACAAAGAGGAGUUUGACUUUGAAGCCCGAAAGCUGAUGAGAAAUGACACUGUUCAUUUGCACAAUGAGUUCCUACUUGCUCUUAUUGCCAAGUGCCAUAUUUUGAGUUCUUCUUUCAAUGCCAGGGAUGCCAGCAGUUCGAGUAAAGUGCAGAAGGUGGCAAAAGUCAAGAAAAGACCCCCAGGUGGCAGAGCCAAUCUGCAGCAACGUUUUAUAGCUGCACCAGUCAUUGAUUAUGUACCACAAACAACCAGCAAGGCACUUGAGGAAGGAGCAAGUCCCACUCCUCUAGGGUUUGUGGCAAGAGAGGGACUGAUGCCGGAUAUGGCAAUGGUUCACGGGAGGAUGCUGGUGUGUGCUUGGGAGACGGGUCUUGCAGAUGUACAAGAGGCAGCAGUUAAGCUUCUUAUGCUGGCCUUGGAGACGCAGGUGAAACAUAUUUUAUCCCUGGUGGUGCGGCAGAGGAAGGGCUACAAGCUGAGGGAAGGAAAGUUUGUCUACUCGGCCGGUGUAGGCGUGAAGAACCCCUACUACAAAGCCAGUGAUGUCUGUGUAGAUCCAAGUACAGAAAGUACAGCGACAACGAUCACACCUGGUGCCCUUCAUGCUCCUAGUUUGAGGCCAUCAGUUGAGUCUGGAGAAGACAUCGCUGCUGAGCAGUUUGCACUUGGGGUUGAGUUUUUACCGGAGGAUCAGGAACCAAUCUCCCUAUAUGACUUGUGUGACACUCUGAUGGUAAGUCAGAAACCAUUCUCAUUUGCUAUUGUGUCCCACUCUGUGUACGCUACAGUCAUUGAGAGAAACAUAUAA